GAGCUCAUCUUAUCAGUUAGCAGUUAAGCGCGUAUACAGGAAAAAUAACAAUACAAUAACAGAGCAAAUCCACAGCCACCCAGUCCCCACCGACAACAGCGUGCUCCUCCUCUUCCUCAAGAUCUCCAAAACUCUUUAAGUAUUAUCACGAUGAAUCCAAAAAAUUAAAUAAAAAAAUAUAAUAAUAAGGGGAAAAAAAUGAAGCAUUAUUACUAUCAUGGAUCAAGGAGGAGAAGAGUGACCGUACACUCUCUUCUCAUCGUAAUCGCCAUUUUCACUGGAUUAGGCUUGCUAAUUCUCACUUUGAAAUCCGUUGAUCCACCCGAACCUACUCGCUUUCUCCCAAAUAUCAAAGAAGAAUCGAGCUCGAGCUCCUCCGUGGGACCGGUGAUUGCGAGAAAUAUUGGAGGAGGAGGAGCGAAAUCGUGCGCUACUGUUGAAGAAAUGGGCGAGAACCUCAAAGGAGACCGUGUCUGGAAAGAGAGUCUAAGAGUCAGAAACAUUAUCGCCGACCACUUCGACUCAAACGGGGUUUCAAGAGUGCGAGAUCUUCCAGCAGAGCAGUUUUGCAGACACGGUUUUGUGUUGGCGAAAGCAUCGGAGGCAGGUUUAGGGAAUGAAAUGUACAAGAUCUUGACUGCUGCAGCAUUGAGCGUAAUGCUGAAUCGUUCGCUGAUCAUUGGACAAACCAGGGGUAAGUAUCCUUUUGGGGAUUAUAUUUCGUAUUCAAAUCAUUCCUUUACGAUGCAAGAAGUUAAGCAUCUGUGGAGAAGAAAUGGUUGCGUAAAGAAUUAUCAAAGGCAUUUGGUUAUGAGGAUUGAUGAUUUUGGGAAGCCAACGAAAACCAAUGUGCUUUGUAGCAAUUGGAGGAAAUGGGACCAGCCUAUCAUAUGGUUUCAGAACACAACUGAUGCUGUGGCCAGUCAAUUUUUCUUGAAGAAUGUACACCCUGAGAUGAGGAAUGUUGCUUCUAAAUUGUUUGGACAGCCUGAACAACUCCAGGCGCGCCCAAAUGUUUUUGGGGAGCUGAUGAGAAUUCUGAUAUCGCCUUCAGAAAAUGUUGAGGAAGUGGUCAAUUGGGUUCUUCAUGAUGGGGUGGAUCCUGAUAUUUCUUUGCACAUGCGGAUGCUUAUGAACAGGUCUGUGAGAGCUCCACAGGCAGCAUUGAACUGCAUCAGGAGAGCUCUGCGCAAGCUACGCCAGAUUUCAAGACCUAGAGUGGUUUUAGUAACAGAUACCCCCUCUUUUGUAAAAAGCAUUCUUCCAAACAUAAGUGAAUUUGCAGAGGUUCUCCAUUUUGAUUAUAAGCAUUUCCAAGGAAAUAUCUCCCACGCUGUUAAUACAUCCCGUAGUUUAGAAUUUAGGGUAAAGGAUUGGGGCCCUGCACCCAGAUGGGUUGCAUUUGUGGACUUCUUCCUUGCUUCACGUGCGAAACAUGCUGUUGUUUCUGGGGCUCACAGGCGUGUUGGGACUACAUAUGCCCAGUUAGUUGCAGCACUGGCCGCAGCCAACCACCUUGGAGAAAACUCUAAUGGUUCCAGUUUUUCGUUCUUAAGCAGCUUCCAAAGUAAUUUGCUAGCAGAUGGUUUAAGGUUACAGGUUGGCUGGGGACAUGUUUGGAACAGGUUUGCUGGUCCAUUGAGUUGCCAAAACCAGUCCAACCAAUGUGCUCACACGCCACUUCUCCCUCCAGCUUGGUGGGAUGGUCUUUGGCAAUCUCCUAUUCCACGUGAUAUCCGUAGGCUAGAAGCUUUCGGUAUCAAACUAUCUGGUUUUGGCACAAUUGAUGAAAAAUAUCUUCAGUCAUUUUGCAGUUCAAAGAAAAAUACGGUGAACACUGCAUUAAUUUUGUAACGGUUUUGUUGGAUUCCAUUCUUAUAGUUGAGGAACUCAGUGAAGAGAUCCAGAAAGCAAGAUUUGAUGGAGCUUGUCAAUGUACUAGAGAGCAUCAAGGAGAAAACACUGAAAUGUAUUAAAAUGAUGGAGCUUCUUAGGCACUAGAGAAGAAUCUGAGCUUUUUUUCCCCA